GGUACAAGAAGGCAGCACAGGUCCACCCGGUGGUGCUGUGAUAUUGAGAGGUCAUACAUUUUCAACAAAACUAAGAAAUCAAACAAGGUACGUAAAGCCAGGAUGUCUGCAGAGUUGCCCCUCGACAUAAACAUCAAGGAGCCAAGAUGGGAUCAAGGCACAUUCAUGGGGCGCGCCCAGCACUUCUUUAUGGUCACAGAUCCCAGGAAUGUCCUUCUGUCCUCUGAAACUCUGGAGGAGGCCCGAGUUAUUGUGGAGAACUACAGGAAUGGGGUUGUGAGGCCGGGCCUGACGGAGGAUGAGCUAUGGAGAGCCAAGUACAUCUACGACUCCGCAUUCCAUCCUGACACAGGGGAGAAAAUGUUUGUGAUUGGCCGGAUGUCCGCUCAGGUGCCAAUGAACAUGACCAUCACAGGCUGCAUGCUCACCUUCUACAGGACUACGCCGGCAGUGGUGUUCUGGCAGUGGGUUAACCAGUCCUUCAACGCCAUUGUCAACUACACCAACCGCAGUGGAGAUGCCCCCAUGACCGUGAAUCAGCUUGGUGCAGCCUACAUCAGUGCUACAACAGGAGCUGUGGUCACUGCCCUGGGACUCAAGUCUCUAGCUUCGCGUCUCCCUCCAAUCAUGAGCCGGUUUGUUCCCUUUGCUGCUGUCGCUGCUGCUAACUGUAUCAAUAUUCCCUUCAUGAGACAGAGGGAGCUGAAGUACGGCAUCCCUGUGACAGAUGAGAAUGGAGACAGGUUAGGAGAAUCCCCCAAUGCUGCCAAACAGGCCAUCGCACAGGUGGUGGUGUCAAGGAUCGGCAUGGCAGUGCCAGCAAUGGCGAUCCCUCCUGUUAUAAUGAAUUCUCUGGAGAAAAGAGCUUUCAUGAAGCGGUUCCCUGUUCUGAAUGCUCCGGUCCAAGUUGGGCUCGUCGGCCUUUGCUUGGUGUUUGCCACUCCUUUAUGCUGCGCCCUCUUCCCACAGAAAAGCUCUAUGAGCGUGAGCGGGCUGGAAGCAGAUCUGCAGGAGAGGAUACGACAGGUCAGCCCAGAGACCACCACGGUCUACUUCAACAAGGGCCUGUAGGACCAGCAAACACCCAUGCACACACAAGACAGACACUCAUACAUAUACACACGUCUUUUGUCUUGUUGGAGAGCAAAACAAGAAUUAUUUAUGCAUUUAUUUGUUGUUACAUGUACUGCUGCAUUUUUUUAUUUGACUGCCCAGAGCUGCUUCAAGUGUGAACAGGGAGGGUGAUAAUUAAUGAUUCUCUGACUUGUUAUCAAAACACUUUGAGAGGGAAAAUCACUGACAGCUCUCACUGUACAUACAAGCACUCCAUACACGUACAACAAACUCCUGAUUUUCUUUCUUUUUUAUUGUGUUGUGGUAUUUUUCUGUCUUCCUUUGGUCAAAACUGCCUACAGAGGGCCGUUUAUGUUACUGACUCAUGUUCACUUCCUCUCCGUGUUUCAUUCAGGUUCAUGCAAGUUUUAAGCCCUCUGAUGACUCAUUGGUUACUUCAGUUUAAAAUGAAGGCUAGUGUUUGUAAGUCCUGUGUGUGUUUCUGCUUCUGAAUGUAACUUUUUUUGCCUUGCACCUUCUCUCAUUUUGUUUUACUCUCUAUUACUCGUCUAGUUGUAGUUUCAUUUUUCUGUUAGGACAGUAAUAAUAAGCUGUUACAACUUAGCACUGAUCAAUUUACACCUUGUAAUUCCAGCUUAUAGUCAUACAGGAAAAAACAGCAUAUUAAUAUCGCUUUAUAGACCCUGAUGAAUACUAUGGUCUUGUGUUGUACUUCAUAUUAACUGUUGCAGCUUCUUACACUUAUCAACUCUCCUUUAAGUGUACUUAUGCCCCACCAUCUGUAAAAACCAAGUAAUGAGGUGCUAGGUACUAAAAAUAUGCAGAAUGAUUCUGUUAAAGCUCAUCAAGCACAGCCAUAGAGUAAACCAGUCAAUACUAACGAAUACUUUAUGAUGCCAUAGUAGUGGCAGCCUGUUUGUAAAGGCCUUUCAUCACUUGAAAUCACUUUAUGAAGUAGUGCAGUCGCUAUUUUUAGUGGCAUAUUAGUGGAACACUGAUUGUUGUAGGUGUUAGUGUUUGUUUAGUGGUUGUCAGGUGGAUGGGAUGAGUAUAGUGUGGUGUCUCUAGAUGUUUUUGGUAAGAAGAAAGGCUCUUUGAUUCCCAGUUUUGUAGUAGUGACAUGCGCAAGUCAGAUGACGUCUGCUGGUGUCAUGUGAAACUUUUGUACACAUUGGAUUGGAUCAUUUACAGGAGCUGGUUGGAGUGGGUCAUACUGUUUAAUCUCAGCUCCUCAAAGGUGGAGAUGCAGGGUUUCUAUGUGCAACACCUACCUAGCCUUUUGCGGAUCUCUCUGUUUGCAGUGUAGUCACUGAUUUCACAUCGCACCAAAUGAAAGUAGCAAAUGUUGCUUGAUGCAGUGAUACUUCUUUGUAGGUCUGGGCAGUGGGCUACUGUGUUUUUCUUGUUGCUUCAUUACAUUGGGCAGCUUGUCUGAGUUUUGGGCUCAGUACCAUCUCCAAUCUCUCCUCCUACCCCUCAUUUUCCAAGUGCCACCUUGCCUCUUGGAACAGUUACAAAGGGUGGUGGUAAUGUUCUCCUACAAAUAAGACAGCCCUUCAAGAUCCUGCUAUGUCACUGGUCGUCCUUGGGGGAGAUUAUGUAACGGAUCCAACAACUUUAAGGGAGAUUUAGCGCAACACUCAGCUUCUGGAGAAUCUCCCUUUAAAGCUCUCCUGCAGCCCCUUGCAUUCACCCUCCCCUUCUAUUCCAACAAUAAUCGGGACACCCUACCCCUAGAGGUGAACACACAAGUAGGGCUAAGUGUCAGGGACAAGGGUUGUACGGGGAUUGAGCCUUGUUUCUCUGAUCAAACUCAUCCACACUGCAGACAUGCGGUAGCUCUCAAAGCACACAGCUGUCCAUUGUGGUUAGAUGGCGUUGAUGGUAUAUGUGAGGAAAUAUUGGCUUUCUGUCAUUAUAUAAGAAUAAGUAUAUUUUUAAUGAAUAUAUUUAUAAAUAUAUAUAAGAUAUAUGUGAGAUGUAAAAUAUUUGGAGCACAAAUGCAUGAGGAAUUUUAGGGAUAAGGUGUGCCUCUGUUAAUAAAUCCACCUGAUGGCCCGGCGUAUGCAUCAAACUAUUAUGUCCAAAUAGUGAAACACCGCUUGCUUCGGGGCUAAUGAGCUCUUAGUUUGGAGGAGCGUUUUAAUGUUUUUGGACAUGACUUGAAACAGUGCACACCGUCUCAAAUUAGUAAGUAUUAGUCAGUGUUUGUGUAAAGUUGUGUGUGUGUUGGUAAAAAUGGUAGUAAGAUUGUACACUUCAUUUUCAUCAAGCACCGGUAAUCAUUUCAGUUUCUAUUUUUACAGUUUUGUUCUGUCAUUCAUUGAAAGUAAACUGAUUGAGUGUGUUAAGGGACUGUAGCAACUGCACAAUUGUUUUAUAUGAAUCAACUUCUAUACAGACAGAAAUGUAUUGUGAUUAUAUGCAAUCCUACAAAAUGAAGGUUUGAUUCCAAAGUGCUCUCUACAUUAUUUUUAUAAAUGUUACAGCUGAUGUCUAAUGGUUAAUUUCCACAUAAUGGUCUGGUUCAGUUCGGUUUGGUUUGGUAGGCAGUUGUUUGUGUAUCCACUGUCAAAAGUAAGGAAAGGUGCCAAAAUAACCAAUCUGUACCAUUCUGCUUUUUUGGCACCCCUCUGUUAACCUCACAGGGAAUGUUUCACAUCUGUCAAGGCAGCCACUUUUGGUCUAUGUUUGGGACGGGCAGAACUUCCAAGAAGAUGACUGAAUAAAUGCUCUGUCACAUUCAUAACAGGCUAAUCAGAGCGACAAGACAUGAUAUAGUGAGCAGCCCUGGAGCUUGUUAAGCAGCCUAUCAUUGUUCACUAUCAGUUGAGCCAGUUGGUGAAUCAAACUCAGGCUGAAGCCAGUCAGGAGAGGAGCAAAAACAUCUUUUCUGACAAGAAAAAACUUCAAUGUGUUUUUUUUUUUAACUCUUUUUACAAUUUCUAGUCCUGAUAAAACUAGUGCCAUAGCUACAUCUAAACUUAUCACUCUACCCCUGGCGGCCAUUGUAUAUCGGCUUGCAGUACAACUAAACCCCACCAGUAGCUACCACCUCGUUUUCCCCUAGUGACACUAUUUUGUCCGUUGGUUCUCAGACCAGGCAGAAAUGUUUCAAAUUGAAGUUGGAUCUGCCAAAUGCAGACGUGGAAUCUGGCCAGUCCACUUGCUUUGCAAGGCUACCCUUUUCUUUGGGUACCAGGCAUCCUUAUUUGACCCAAAAAGAUAGAGGUGGACUCACCACAGUCCAUUGAGUGUUUGAAAUAAUGUUCACUUCCUGUACGCUAUUGGUAAAAAUGGACACAUCGGUCCACAUUUAAACAUCCCCUGGAGUUUGAGAGUCAUUCCAAGAAGAAAGAUCACAAAAUUCUGGGUGUCCUUCAUAGUCCCCCUUUAAUUGCUGAGUCUUCUUUGUUGGAUUUAUUAGCAAGCUACUCUGUGUUGUGGUGUUAUGUGAUUCUAUUACAAGGCAGGCAUGGCGCAAUUUGACUUACUUUCCAUCAGUUCUGCUCAGUAAAUAUAUAAUUUGCUGUGGAAACACAAGGAGAAUUUACUAGGGGCGUACAAUAUUGGAUUUUUGCAGAUAUACAAUCUUUGGAUAUUUACAAGUUAAUUUCAGCCUGUAUUGAUAUGUAAUGUAGUUAAACUACACUAGUUAGACCUAAAACUAUAGUUCCUAAAACACAAUUCUAAGUGUAAGGAAUCACGAUACAUAAAGAAAAAGACUUAAGCUGAUGAAGGUCUGUCAGUCAAGCCUAAAGCUCCACCAGCUCAUUUGUUCACAUGGCCAGUAUUUACAGCUGAUAUAGGAAGAUUUUUUAGCCAAAAUAUUGUCAUAAAUGUUCAUAUCUAACACAAUGGAUAUUUCACUUUUUAAGUUAAUACUUGCUGAUACCAACACCAUUUCAAUAAUGUUAUGCAUCCCUAGAAUUUGCUGUACCAAACAGGACUGAACCAAACCAGACUGCUUGAUUUAAGCACACCUCAAGCCACUCUGCUUACGCUCUAAUAAGACUCCCUUUGAGAGAAGUUAAGUCUUACUUUAAAUAUGGAUGUCUCAUCUUGAAAUCAAACUCUUCAUAGAGCUGCUCUUUUACUUUUUGUCAUUCAUAUUUCCAUAUCAACAUGUAACUGUCUAACAGUCAAACUUGUAAGUUUCCUUUUUUUCCUCUUUAUCUGUACUGAUUGUCGUCAUUGUUGUGUUGUGGGUGUUUUUUCCUGCUGAGGCUCAAACUGCACUAUGUAACCUUUGCUGUGCUGCUGUAGGGCGUAGAUUUGUGUUGCUUUUUAAAAGAAGCUUUUAAUAUGUUUAUUGAAGAUUGUAUUUGUCAUGCUGAUAACGCUGGGUGGAUUCUUUUUUCUGCUUGUUCUUCAUUUUGUCUGGCAGCUUUCAGUUUGAUUUAUCUAGCUUUUUUCCCCUUGGUAUUUCUCUGCUCCUGAAAUUAUUGAGCUGAAGUGUCAAGAACAAAACUGGAGUCCACAUUUUAAAACCUGUACAAUAGCUUGUGACUGUACUCCACCACCGUUACAUGUCGCACCCAUAGAUCUAGCCAAAGAUGUGACGGGUAUGAUUUGCACAGGACAAAGGAGAGGAAGUUUCUAGCUUUUUGUUUCAGCUUUAUUAAAAGGACCUUUUGCCAGACCUUUUUUCAUGCAAAACCAUUUUCAAAAUGGUUGUUUACCUUUAAAGUUCGACACUCAACAGCACACCAAAAGUUUAAAAAAAGAUCACCUUUUAAGUUUUAUUUCAUGUAUUUUCUUAAGUUUGAAAUAAAUCCCAAGCUUAACUCUACUUCACACAACUACUAUGAAUUUAGUCAAUUUAAAGGUGAAAUCUUUGCAUACUGAAGGCACAAAUGUAAAGACAAUCUGUGUUUGUUACACUCCAUGAAUGUUUCCAUUAUUUCCUGUUUUGACGAAGUGAAAACAUUCAGUCAGUAUUGGUGCACAGUGUGUCCUCCCUUUAUUUUGUAUUGUGUUGAAAUAUAUUUCCUUGAUGUGAAAUGUAUUUUACUCAGAGCAAUAGAAUAAAAUAUGUAACAGUAACAUCCUGACUUGUCUAAUCUAUUUCAUAUCAUUUAUCAGUGUGUAUAAUACUCUAAGCAGCAGAGGUGGAAAAAGUACACGACCAUUUUACUCAAGUGAAAGUACAGUUAUUGUGAUGUUUGUUUGUUUUUUCAUAAAAAGCAUCAUUAUUAAUUUCAGCCUGUUUACCUGCUAAAAAUCUCCCGAGAGCUCAAAAUGCUCAACGUUCAAAG